GUAAUGUGAAGGCGGGGGAUUGAUUGGUGCGCUGCUGUGUGUAGCAGCGAGAGGCUCGUCAGUAUCAUUGCCAUGUUAGUGAACGUUUGAUCUUGCCCGGUAGUGAUACAUCACAUACUGGGUGGUUGGUUGUACAGUACGUUUUGUUUUGCCGUUGUUUUUUUGUAGUGGUUCUUCUAUAACACCAUAAUCCCCAACGGGGUACUAUCAGAAAUCAUCAACCUAAACGUACCCGGGAUCGUUCCUCGUCUCUCCUUUGUCCCCGACUCGACCGUCGAUCAUUAGAAUCCAGCUCAUGUUUUAGUUUUGCUCGGUGUUUUAGUGUUGAGGGGGUGGGGGGGCUCUUAAACUAGUGUCUGGUUAAAUAAAGACUAGCUCAGCCAUGUGGAUGCGUCUGUUGAACAGCUGAAGGGUGCUCCAGCCUACGGAGAGACGGAACGUGUAAUGUGUGCAUAUGAAAGGGGAGCGAGGAGGAGGAGGAGGGAGAGUGUGUGUGGAAAAAGGAAGCAGAGUCUGUGAACGAACGGAGAACUCACUGAUCCCCUGCAACCGGAGCACUCGAUACAAACAAUAUACUUUUUUUUUGUUCAUACGCAAGAUAUCAAGAAGCUACACCACCGCGAAAAAAACCCCAGGGAAAACGGAGGCAACCGUGUGUUUUCGGGAACGGCUGCCUCGGAGAUUAUUACGUGAUUACACGAGCAAAAGUGAGCCCAGGCAGGGCCGUCUUUUGUUGAGGCAAGUGGUCGUUCGCCUGUGUAGCAGGCAGGCAGGCAGCUGAAGGAUAAAGUGUCUGCCUGAUUAUUGUUUCAAGCCUCUGGUUUCUUGGAUCUGGCCCAGGACACGGGGUUUUAUUCGACGGGGUCAUCCUUGGUGAGGACUGAAGUAGUUUGUGGCGGUUACUUUGGAACUGUACAGUCAUCAGACUGGCGGCUUUUCCUGAAACACUGGGGUUGUUGGUGUGGCUGAAUUUUCCCUGGAUUUGAUUGGUCAAUUCAGAAGACUGAAGCCCAGGCUGACAGUCUACCUUUCACGGAGGCCCAGCCGUGAGAGGACUGAGGAAGGCACGUGGCGAAUCAUGACCGCGGACAAAGACAAGCCAGACAGGGAGAAGGACAGGGACAGAGACCGAGACAGGGAGAGGGACAGGGAGAGGGACAGAGACCGGGACAGGGAGAGGGACAGAGACCGGGACAAGAGGGACAAAGCAUCCAGGGAGAGCGAGAGCUCACGACCACGCCGUAGCUGCACGCUGGAGGGCGGAGCUAAGAACUACGCGGAGAGCGAGGACGAGGAUAACGAGAACAGGGGAGGGGCCGGGGCAGUAGGCGUGGUCAACAUGGGGAUGGGGGAGGAGUCAGGGAAGAAGGGAAAGAAGAAGAUGAUCAAGAAGAAGUCGAGGUAUGAACGGAUGGAGAACGGAGAGAUCACUUCCUUCAUUACUGAAGACGACGUUGUUUACAGACCUGGUGAUUGUGUAUAUAUGGAGAGCCGCAGGCCCAACACUCCCUACUUCAUAUGUAGCAUUCAGGAUUUUAAACUGAGUAAGCGAGACCAUCUGUUACUCAGUGUUAAAUGGUACUACCGUCAGUCAGAGGUCCCAGACUCAGUCUACCAACACCUGGUGCAGGAUCGCAACAAUGAUAACGAUUCUGGCCGGGAGCUGGUCAUCACAGACCCCGUGGUCAAGAGCAGAGAACUCUUCAUCUCCGACUAUGUGGACACAUACCAUGCUGCUGCCCUCAGGGGGAAGUGUAACAUUGCCCAUUUCUCCGACAUCUUUGCUGCCAGGGAGUUCAAAGCUCGCAUCGACUCCUUUUUCUACAUCCUGGGAUACAACCCAGAGACCAGGCGACUAAACAGCACACAAGGAGAGAUCAGAGUGGGGCCGAGUCACCAAGCCAAGCUUCCCGAGCUGCAGCCCUUCCCCUCCGAGGCCCCGGGGGGCCUGGGUCAGGCUGUGACAGAGAAUGAGGAGCUGGUGUGGAUGCCAGGGGUCAACGACUGUGACCUGCUCAUGUACCUCAGGGCUGCAAGGAGCAUGGCGGCCUUCGCUGGGAUGUGUGACGGCGGAUCUACAGAAGACGGUUGCCUAGCAGCCUCGCGAGACGACACUACACUCAACGCACUCAACACGCUUCACGAGAGCAGUUACGAUGCAGGCAAGGCCCUACAGCGCCUGGUCAAGAAGCCUGUUCCCAAACUCAUAGAGAAGUGCUGGUCAGAAGACGAAGUGAAGCGGUUUAUUAAAGGGCUCAGACAGUACGGCAAGAACUUCUUCAAGAUUCGUAAAGAGCUGCUACCCAACAAGGAAACGGGUGAGUUGAUAACCUUCUACUACUACUGGAAGAAGACUCCUGAGGCGGCGUCGUCCAGGGCCCACCGUAGACACCGUCGUCAGCCUGUGUUCCGACGCAUCAAGACACGCACCGCCUCCACCCCCGUCAACAUCCCGUCUAGACCCCCCUCCUCAGAGUUCUUGGACCUGAGUUCAGCCAGUGAAGAUGACCUGGACAGUGAAGACAGUGAGCAGGAGCUGAAGGGUUACGCCUGCCGACACUGUUUCACCACCACCUCUAAGGACUGGCACCACGGGGGCAGAGAAAACAUCUUGUUGUGUACAGACUGUCGUAUCCACUUUAAGAAGUACGGCGAGCUGCCCCCCAUCGAGAAGCCAGUCGAGCCGCCUCCGUUUAUGUUCAAACCCGUCAAAGAGGAUGAGGAUGGACUCAGCGGGAAACAUAGCAUGAAGACCCGACGCAACAGAGGAUCGAUGUCUCCGCUCCGUAGUGGCCGGAAGAAGCAGACAGCCAGUCCUGAUGGACGAGCGUCUCCAACCAAUGAGGACCUGCGGUCUCCCCUCCUCCCCUCCGCAGCCUCCACAGACAGCACUGACAGCAAGACAGACCCCAUGAAGAAACCCAGCAAGAAGAUUAAGGAGGAGUCUCCUAUGAAGAGUGCCAAACGCCAGAGAGAGAAGGGAGGAGCCUCAGACACAGAGGACACAGACAACAGGACAAGUGCCAAAAAGUCCAAGACCCAGGAGCUGGGUCGGUCCGACUCACCGUCAGAAUGCGAGGGAGAGGGAGAGGGAGAGGGAGAGGGCGAGAGCUCCGAUGGGCACAGCGUCAACGAGGAGUGUAGCAGUGACGCUAAAGACAUCGACCAGGAUAACCGCAGCUCCUCGCCCUCCAUCCCCAGCCCCCGAGACGGGGAGAGUGACUCGGACUCCUCCGCCCAGCAACAGCUGCUCCUACUGCAGAGACAAGAGAGAGAGAGGGAGAGAGAGGGGCAGUUGCAGCACCCUCCGGUUAUCCAGUCCUGUCAGCCAGGGACCUCGGGUGGUCGUUCCACCACCCCUCCAUUACCUUCCACGUCCUCCUCAGUCCCCUCACUGGUCCCCCAGGUCCCACCCUCCUCCGCACCCCCCACUUCUCUUCCACUGCCUCUACCGCCUUCCAUGCCCCAACAGGUCGGCCCCCUCUCUCUCAACCAAUCAGGGGCAUCCAUCCACCCACAGCGGCAGCUCUCCCCCUCGCCUCAUUCUCCGCAGCAGGGGUUGUCUCAGGUUCCACCCCCAGGACCGCCAGGCUCCACCCAGUCGCUACCGAGCACGUUCCACGGCCCGCUGCCCCACUCAUCAUCCAUGCCGCACCCACUUCAAACUGGCCCCUCUCACCUGCCCCACCCCCACUCCCUGCCCCCUCAGAGCUUCCCAUUGGGCCCCCAGUCUCAGGUCCCGCCCUCCCCGCUCCCUCUCAGUCAAUCACAGCAGCCGUCUCACAGGGCCCACACGCCCCCCAGCCAAUCAUCGUCGUCCCAGGGUGGCUCGUCCAAUCAGCCGCACCGCGAGCAGCCCCUACACCCCGCCCCUUCCAUGUCCAUGCCCCACAUCAAGCCCCCUCCCACCACACCCAUCCCCCACAUGCCCAACCGCGACCCUCAGUCUCACAAACACGGGCCUCCACACCUCUCAGCGCCCCCCUUCCCCCAGAUGCCCUCCAACCUGCCCCCUCCACCCGCCCUCAAGCCCCUUUCCUCCCUGUCCGCCCACCACCCUCCUCCUGCCCAUCCUCCUCCCCUCCAGCUCAUGCCCCAGGGCCCAGGCCAGCAGCUCCAGCCUCCACCAGCCCAGCCCCCUGUCCUCACCCAGUCCCAGAAUCUCCCCCUUUCAGAGAGAGAGAGAGGCAGCCAGCAUCACCCUCCUCCUCCUCCUCUUCCCCUUUCUGGACCAUCACCGUCAUCCCACCCCAACACACCCCAACAGUCCCCGUUCCCUCCUCACCCCUUCGCCCCUGUCCUGCCCCUCUCCUCCUCUGGCUGUCCUCCCCCCUCCUCAUCCUCCUCUCUACCAGCAGGCCUCCAGCCCCCCUCUUCCUCCAUCUCCAUGCCCCUCCCAGCCUCCGUCGGCUCCGCCUGCCCAGGUCCCGCCGUCCCACCUGUACACAUCAAGGAGGAACCUCUCGACGAAUCAGAGGAGCCCGAGAGCCCUCCGCCCCCUCCUCGGAGCCCCUCCCCCGAGCCUACCGUCGUCAACACGCCCAGCCAUGCCAGCCAAUCAGCACGGUUCUACAAGCACCUGGACCGCGGGUACAACACGUGUGCUAGAACAGACUUCUACUUUACUCCUCUGGCUGCUUCUAAACUGGCCAAGAAGAGAGAAGAGGCGCUGGAGCGGGUCAAGAGGGAGGCCGAGCAGAAAGCCCGGGAGGAGAAGGAGAGGGAGAAGGAACGAGAGAGAGAACGGGAAAGAGAGAAGGAACAGGAGAGAGCUGUGAAAGCCUCCAGUUCGUGUCACGACGGCCGUAUGGGUGACCCCCAGAUGGGUGGCUCCGCCCACAUGCGCCCUCCCUUCGAUGGCCCCCCUACCUCCAUCGCCGCGGUGCCCCCUUACAUCGGCCCCGACACGCCCGCCCUGCGCACCCUCAGCGAGUACGCCCGCCCCCACGUCAUGUCCCCGACCAAUAGGAACCACCCCUUCUUCGUCUCCCUCAACCCCAACGACCCCCUGAUGGCCUAUCACAUGCCUGGCCUCUACAACGCCGACCCGGGCAUGCGGGAGCGCGAGCUGCGAGAGCGGGAGAUGAGGGAGAGAGAAAUGAGGGAGAGGGAGCUGAGAGAGAGGAUGAAGCCUGGGUUCGAACACAAACCCCCGGAACUAGAAGGCAUGCACCCCUCGGCGAACCCCAUGGAACACUUCGCCCGACACGGGGCCAUCUCCUUACCAUCCAUGGCGGGACCGCACCCCUUCGCCUCCUUCCACCCAGGUCUCAACCCCUUGGAGAGGGAGCGUUUGGCGUUGGCCGCGGGACCCCAGCUCAGACCAGACAUGAGCUACCCGGAGCGGCUGGCGGCGGAGAGGCUGCACGCCGAGAGGAUGGCGGCGGUGGCCAACGACCCUAUCGCCAGGCUUCAGAUGUUCAACAUCACGCCUCAUCACCACCAGCACUCCCACAUCCACUCACACCUGCACCUUCACCAGCAGGACUCCCUGCACCAAGGCGGUGGUGAAUGUCUAGUGUGCCCUCCAGGUUCGGGGGGGCACCCCCUCGUAGACCCCCUGGCAGGAGGCCCCCACCUCGCCCGCUUCCCCUACCCGCCCGGUGCAAUCCCCAACCCCCUCCUGGGACAGAACCCACACGAACAUGAGAUGCUGCGACACCCGGUCUUCGGUACUCCGUACCCCCGGGAACUUCCUCCCCAGAUGUCCGCAGCCCACCAGCUCCAGGCCAUGCAUGCCCAGUCUGCGGAACUGCAGCGGCUAGCUAUGGAACAGCAGUGGCUGCAUGGACAUCACCACAUGCACGGUGGCCCACUUCCUGGCCAAGAGGACUAUUACAGAUCAUGCAGACGUUUCAAGUGAUCUCGAGUUCCUGAAAUGGACUCCUUUAACAGACAAACCUGAUGCCGGCUGAAGAAGGAAAGCGACAAGCAACUGUAACCGACCAAUGGGGACGCAGGAAGUUGCCUAGGACACAGGAACAGGAAGUAGUUACACAGCGGUCUGUCGGUCAGAGGAACUCGAUCUCCGCUCCUCCAAACAAUUCCCGUUACGAAGAACAACAAAAACUGAAGGAGGGAAAAAAAGAGGAGGGAUUUUUCUGUCUGUUUUUCCUUCCCUGUUCGUGGGUUAUUUUUUAUUUGAUUUGUAUUUUCUAAGAACAUUGAGAGACUUUGUUUGGUGUAAAACUAUAGCCUUCGAGUAGUGGCACCGACUUCAAGACUGAUUGUGACUUUCCUGCAUGAAACCUCCUCUAAAGCUUCCACAACGUGUUUGUAGCUAGCACACGUUCACUGUGCUAGUCGAUGGAAAGGAGACCAGGCAGAGAAAAGAACGUUCCAGACAUUAUAUCCACGGAAAGAUUCAAAACAAAGUGCUAUUGUUAUUUUAAUACCUUAUUGGAGGUUUUUAUCAUUUGAACGAAAAGCUGCAGCAUGGCAUUUUUGAGUCUGUAAAUAGUAUAUAUAUAUAUAUAUAUAUAUACAUAUAAUUAUUAUUAUUAUAAUUGUUACUAGGUGUGGACUCUGAACCAAGUCAUUUAUAAACCUCCAAUAUGUUAUUGUGUUCUGAAGCAUUAUGCCUUGUUUUAACGGGGGGGGGACAUAGCAUUACUAGAACAGCCAAAGGGUACAGCGAUGGUCCCAGUCCUGUGGUGUGGGGUACCUCAGAGAGCUGUUAUAGCCCCAGACUACCACAGCGAUGGUCCCAGUCCUGUGUUGUGGGGUACCUCAGAUAGCUGUUAUAGCCCCAGACUCUCACAGCGAUGGUCCCAGUCCUGUGGUGUGGGGUACCUCAGAGAGCUGUUAUAGCCCCAGACUCUCACAGCGAUGGUCCCAGUCCUGUGGUGUGGGGUACCACAAAGAGCUGUUAUAGCCCCAGACUCUCACAGCGAUGGUCCCAGUCCUGUGGUGUGGGGUACCACAAAGAGCUGUUAUAGCCCCAGACUCUCACAGCGAUGGUCCCAGUCCUGUGGUGUGGGGUACCUCAGAGAGCUGUUAUAGCCCCAGACUCUCACAGCGAUGGUCCCAGUCCUGUGGUGUGGGGUACCUCAGAGAGCUGUUAUAGCCCCAGACUCUCACAGCGAUGGUCCCGGUCCUGUGGUGUGGGGUACCUCAGAGAGCUGUUAUAGCCCCAGACUCUCACAGCGAUGGUCCCAGUCCUGUGGUGUGGGGUACCUCAGAGAGCUGUUAUAGCCCCAGACUCUCACAGCGAUGGUCCCAGUCCUGUGGUGUGGGGUACCUCAGAGAGCUGUUAUAGCCCCAGACUCUCACAGCGAUGGUCCCAGUCCUGUGGUGUGGGGUACCUCAGAGAGCUGUUAUAGCCCCAGACUCUCACAGCGAUGGUCCCAGUCUUGUGGUAUGGGGUACCUCAGAGAGCUGUUAUAGCCCCAGACUACCACAGCGAUGGUCCCAGUCCUGUGGUGUGGGGUACCUCAGAGAGCUGUUAUAGCCCCAGACUCUCACAGCGAUGGUCCCAGUCCUGUGGUGUGGGGUACCUCAGAGAGCUGUUAUAGCCCCAGACUCACAGCGAUGGUCCCAGUCCUUUGGUGUG